AUGAUCACCCGAUUCAUCACAGAAGUCUCAACGGUGUUCAACCCGUUCUCACCCAAAGCCAAAACCGCACGAUUAUUCCUCUCAGUCCUCCCACCAAAUGCACGACAGACCAUGAAGAUUGAUACCAAGGUAUUACCGAGGGCAUCCAAAGAGCCAAGUCUUGUGUGCUUGAAGUUCAAGGAUGGGAAAGAAAUGAAAUUAGACGCGGAGAAGCUCGGUAUCAGGGGUGUAUCCGAUGAGGUGGAUAGACAUUCACGAAUAUUGGCAAGACAGGAAGAAUUGACUGGGAACUGA